CCUGAUUAAGCGGCAAGGUGGAGUUAUAAACCCCGCAUGUGAAUGUGUGGAAAUCUCCGUCUCCUCGAGUCUUCCUUCUUCGCUACUAUUCAGAAUCUCAAGUCGGUAUGGCUGAAGCAAGUACCGUCACCCACGGCGCAAUUGAGGCCAUCGCACCAGGCGAACAGGUUGAGGAGGAGGACGAGUUCGCUACUUCGGAUUACGAUGCCAGCUCACUGUCCUCGAGCUCUGCUAGCUUGACCUCGAGCGUCUACCAGCACGCAUAUGAGAAUGGCAGGCGGUAUCACCAGUACCGUCAUGGAACAUAUCCGAUUCCAAAUGACGACGCCGAACAGAACCGUGAUGACAUGAAGCAUGCUAUGAUGCUCGAGCUCACAGAUGGCAAGUUGUUCUUUGCUCCAAUUGGCGACAAUCCUGGGAAGAUUAUCGACCUAGCUACUGGUACCGGUAUCUGGGCCGUGGAUAUCGCCGACAAAUAUCCCGGUGCUACCAUAUUGGGCGUGGAUCUUAGUCCCAUCCAGCCAGUCUGGGUUCCGCCCAACUUGAGAUUCCUCGUUGAUGAUAUCGAGGAUGAGUGGACGCAUGGUGAUGACUGGGACCUUGUGCAUAUGCGUUGCAUCAGCCCCUGGCUGAAAGAUGAAGUCAAAGUCCUCCGCCAAGCCUACGAACAUCUCAAACCUGGUGGCUGGAUUGAGAUCCAAGAGCUCGACGCUCGCGCCAACUGCGACGACGGGUCAUUGUCCCCCGACGCUCCCCUGGCUAAGUUCUUUGACACAGCCGAGAGGGCUGUAAAAGAAUUUGGCAUGAAGUUUCGUGCUGGCGAGAAUCUCCGAGGUCCUCUUGAAGAGGCCGGAUUCGUCAAUGUGAGCUGUACGGUGUUGAAAGUACCCAUUGGGACAUGGCCAAAGGAUAAGAAAAAGCGCCUUAUAGGACACUACUGUAGGACGGCUGUGAGCGACAUGUUUGGAGCUAUGGCUGCCAAGCCUCUGCGAAAGAUUUUGGACCCUGUCGAGAUAGAGUUAUUCCUAGCCGGUGCUAGGAAGGAUCUUCAAAACCCUAGCAUUCACUCGUAUGAGAAGUACUACUUCUGGAUGGGCCAAAGGGCGUUGGUUGAGGGGGACGUUCGUGCCAAGGGUGCAUGACCUGCGGCGGCAGAACAUGAACGAGGAGGGAGGAUAGUUAUCUAGUUUAGGUCGGGCGAGAUGUAACAUGUUCCGUGAAGGUUUCUUGUCAAUUCGGGUAUCCGUGAGUUUGUCCUGAUGCUUUGACUUGAUGUGCUUCUCGACUUAGUCUGCGUUGGAG